UUGUGUAAAUGUCCUCCGCCCCUCCCCUGUCCUCGGGAUUGUGAGCUAAGAGGCCGGGGUAAGAGGCUGGUCUCAGCGGAGAGCCUCCACCUGGGCUGGCCCUCCUCCACCGCACAGGCAGCCCCACCCCCACCUAGGAAUGUCUGGUCCCCAGGCCUCAUGCUGGACCCAGAAGACUACUGUCUGCACUCAUGUUGCACUUCCAAAAUCAGAGAAGGAAAACAUGGUAGUCAAUGCCAAUCCAAAGUGCAAAGGGUCUCAGGAAAACGCACCAGUUUCUCCUCGAGCCAUGAACAGAGCCAGUUCCGGAUGUCUGAUUUGUCCUGGAAGGAUUUUACCAAUGCCUUAUCCUUGGCCAACAUGGUCCUGGGGAUCUUCUCUAUCUUCUGUAGCUUCAGCAGGAAAUACCACUGUGCUUCCUGGAUGCUUCUGAUCAGCUUCCUGUUGGAUAUGGCGAUAGGGACAAUGGCCAGACAACUCAGCAUCUCCUGCAGGUUGGGAGCGGAACUGAAUGACUUUGCUGUCUUCACCUCUUUCGGUUUGGCCUCAGCUCUGCUCCUUGGCGUGGAGGGGCCUCUCAAUGGGUUCCUGGCCAUCAUCUAUGUGUUAACCACUUCUUUCCGCCUGUGUUUUUAUUCAUCUGGAGGAAUUCCCUUCUCAUACAGGGGCCUACCGUGCCCCUAUGCUUCCUGUGUUUUGGCUUCCACCUCCCUUCUGACCAAAGGCAACACAUUUAUUCUAUGCUGCAUGGCCUCACUCAUGAUUCUGUUCAUGAUCGACCAGAGCUACUAUCCACGUGAUGAAAUCUUGGAAUCUGAGAACUGGAAAAAAAUGGUCUAUAUUGGAGGUAUCAUCAUGCUGUUUUUCUUCCCAUUCUCUCUCACUGCUUUUUACUGCCUGGUGUGGUCGCUCUCCUACAUCUUCUUCCCUGAUUCCCUGUGGGGAAAGGCAACCUGUUCUGGGCUCUAGCAGCGAGGAAGCCCCAGCUCCAACUCCUGCUGGCCUCUGUGGGGACUGCACCAGCAUGUUGGGCCAAGCCUUGCCUGUCCUCACUAAAACUUUCCGUGUGCCUUUGUGAUCAUAUUCUAGGUACAUGCUAUCUCUGUUGUUUUGAACCACUGCUACUCACAUAGGCACUGCAGAUUGUAUUACUGCUGCUAUUGCCUCUUCCUUCUUCCUUUCUCCUCUAUCUACUACCUCCUCCUCUUCCUUCUUCACUUCUCCUCUUUCUCCUCCUCCUCCUCCUUUUACCAGGGGUUGAAAUCAAGACCUUUCACUCUCACUACUACUUGAUCCAUGUCCCAGUCCAAUAAUUUAGUGGUUAAUUGGACAU